AUGGCUAUUCAACGUAAAGCUGCAUUAUUACAAUUGAUGGAAAUUGUACUCGAGGAUUCAGAAAAUGACGAACAAUCAAUUCUUAUAAAUCAAUCAUCUUCAAGUGAUGAUGAAAACGAAGAGGAAGCUUUGAAUUUAUAUGUAGCUUUGACUUUAAGCAAAAAGAGAAAGAAAAUAGACAAAAGACCGCGUGUUGAAGGCUUUGUAGAAAGAAUUAUUCCAGGAUAUACGGCAAAAGAAUUUAAAACACAUUUUCGAUUAUUGCCUACAACCUUCGACUUUAUUUUGAGGUUGAUAGGUGCAAAUUUAAAUUCUACCAAAUCAGUCGCAGGUAGGAAGCCUAUACCUGCACAAAAUCAAUUGCUAAUGGCUCUAUGGAUGAUAGCUACACCCGACAGAUCAGUGUGUACUAAAUUUGAUUUGGGAAAAGCAACAGCAAUUCGGGCUAUGAGACGAGUUACGCAUGCCCUGCAUAAGUUAGCUCCUCGAUUUAUUCAAUGGCCUCAAGGAAGAAGGGCUAUUGAAGUCAUGGAAGCAUUUGAGCGCGUAAGUGGAUUUCCAAAUGUGAUAGGAGCCAUCGAUGGCACACACAUAGAGAUACGAUCUCCUCAAGGCGUUGAUCAUCAAGCUUAUACAGGAAACGCUGGAUCUGUGCACGACGCUCGAGUUUUCAGAACUUCCCCAGUAGCUCGAUAUUUUCAGAAUUCAGAAAUUUACUUUCCUAAUGACAGUCAUCUUGUUGGUGAUGCUGCCUACGGUAUCCAUUCAAAUAUGAUGGUACCAUUUAAAGACAAUGGUCAUUUGAGUCAUAGGCAGAAGAACUUUAAUUUUUGUCAAUCUUCAGCACGUAUUCAUAUUGAAAGACUCUUUGGUACCUGGAAAGGACGUUGGAGGAGUAUUUUGGAUUGCUUGCCUAUGAUUACUUUAAAGAAAAUACCGGAAUACUUAGUAGCAACUGCAGUCUUGCAUAAUAUUUGUAUUUUGAAUAAGGAUUUAGUUGAUGUCAACGUGGUGGUAAAUCAACACAUCCAGCGUGAUACUUUAACAUCAAAUAAAGUAGAUGAGGGCAAUAGAAAACGACAAAAGAUAAUGAACAAUUUAAUUAUGAGGCUUGUUUAA